AUGUCUGAACCGUUGUAUCCUGCUUAUCUACCCACUCGCGACGAAGGGUAUAGCAAGCCUGUGCCAGUUCCCGAGUUUGAAGCGGAGGAGCCGGGUCUGCGGGCUGAUCCCGAGAAGGAGAACUUACUUCGGGGCGCGACGCGUGUGGAGAGGAUUACGCCGAGGGUUGGGACGGAGAUCACGGGUGUGCAGAUUAGUGAGUUGGAUAGAAAGGGAUUGGAUGAACUAGCUUUGUUGGCUGCUGAGAGAGGAGUUGUGGUUUUUAGAGACCAGAAUUUUAAAGAUGUUGGGUUUGAUAAGCAGAGAGAGAUCGUGAGACAUUAUGGACCUCUUCAUCAACAUCCUACAAUGGGAUAUCCACAGGGUACAGGACCUGAGUUCCACGUUGUAUACGCAGAUGAGAAAUCAGGAAAUCUAAGAAACCUCCUCGGUCCAAGAACAACCUACGAUCUUUGGCACAUCGACCAAACAUUCACUGCCAACGUCCCGUCAACCAGUUUCUUCUGGGUUCUCGAAAUCCCCUCCUCCGGCGGCGGUGACACAGCAUUUACAUCCCUAACAGCAGCCUACGAAGCUCUCUCCCCAGCAUUCCGCCAAACACUCUCCCACUUGAACUUGCAUCAUACAUCUGCUUCAGAAGGCGAAGUUAAACGCGUAGGCACAGAGCGCGCUUUAGCAGAAGCCAUCAACGCGACGCACCCGCUAGUCAUCAAACAUCCUGUCACAGGAAAACCUUCACUGUUUGUCAAUCCUACCAUUGCACGAUCUGUCGAAGGCUUUUUACCGGAAGAGUCAGAUCAUUUGUUGGGCUUUUUGAAGAAUCAUAUGAGAAGUUUGGAUUUUAGUUGUAGGGUUAAAUGGGAGACGGGGACGGUUGUGGUUUGGGAUCAGAGGAGCGUCGCGCAUUCGGCUGUGCCGGAUUUUGAGGAUUCGGAGAGGAGGCAUAUGGUUAGGAUUAUUCCUUAUGGGUCUAAGCCUGAGCCUGCUUUUGAUUAG